AUGAAGGACUACGUUGAAUUGUUGAUCAAGGGCGCGCUGGUAUUCGCUGAGUUUUCUCUGAUCUGGCAUCUCCUGCGACGGUAUCAGACUUCCCAAUUUGAGCGGAAGUUCGCCCUCGAAAAAGGCUGCGAGCCACUCCGUCCAUGGAGCGCCAAGUGGCCCAUGGGCCUUGAUCUACUCGUAAAGGUAUUCCAAUACGCGCGAGAGGAGCGAGUCUUGCGCUUCUUCGUCGACGUAGUCGGCGACUCUGGCAACACGUUUGAGCAGCGCUUGCUUGGAGUGACGGGCAUCGACACAAUUGACCCGGAAAACAUCGAGGCUAUCCUCUCAACCGACUUUGCAAAUUACACGCUUGGUCUGCGUCCUGCACACUUCAAGCCCCUUCUGGGGUCUGGCAUAUUUACCCAGGACGGGGACGCCUGGAAGCAUUCCAGGCAGUUGUUGCGGCCGCAAUUCGCCUCGAAUCGGCGUCAGAACUUUGAGCAGAUCCAACGCUGCGUGCAGGGCAUCAUCAAUAACAUCCCGGAGAAUGGCGUGGUCGAUCUGCAGCCGCUCUGUUUCAAGCUCACUUUUUCCACCACCAUGUUCCUCCUCUUCGGGGACGCUGUCGAGGCAAUGAACUGGGGCAAGGUGGUUGGCCAAAAGUCGAGAUUCUCCGCGGCGUUCAACCUGGGCCAGGAUUACCUGGCGAGUCGGGGCCGUCUUGGUGACCUAUACUGGCUCAUUAACGACAGAAAAUUCCGCGAGGCGUGCCGGGUGUGUCAUGAAUUCGUUGAUGGGGCAGUCGCAGAUGCCCUCGAGGACUCCGACGACAAGCGAGUCGAGAAAGAGGAGAGCUACGUCUUUAUCCAGGCACUUUUGCAGCAGACACGAGAUCCCAAGAGAAGUCGACUACUCGCUCGCCAUCCUCACGUUCUGAGCCGGCUUAGAGAGGAGGUUGCAGAGCACGCUGGAAUUGGGCCGGAAGCGAAGCUGCCCACGCGCGACCAACUCAAGAAAAUGACAUAUCUUGGCCUCGUCAUCAAAGAAGUUCUCCGUCUGUACCCUUCCGUGCCCGUCAACUCUCGAUCGGCCAUCAAGACAACGACCCUCCCAGUCGGUGGCGGCCCAGAUGGCAGGGCACCUGUGCUUGUACCGGCCGGCACGGCCGUGGGAUACUGCGUAUACGUCAUGCACAGGCGAAAGGAUCUCUACGGCGAGGAUGCAGACGAGUUCCGCCCCGAGAGGUGGGAGGGUGAUAAUCUAAAGGACAUUGGAUGGGGGUAUCUACCGUUUAACGGAGGGCCUCGUGUUUGUCUUGGUCAGGAAUUCGCUCUUCUCGAGGUCUCUUAUACCCUCGCUCGGUUCGUACAGCUGUUUCCGGGGAUGAAGGUGUCUGACAACGAGCCCGACGUGAGGAUCGGCGAGGAGAGACAGACCUUGACGCUUGUUGUGGGCUGCGCUGAAGGGUGCAACGUGUCGCUCAGGGGUGACUAG